AUGUCGUCGAGCAGCAAGAAUCAACGACGCAGGUCGAAGAGCUUCUCCAGCCAACCUAAAAUUCGCAGGGAGGGCAGCCCGGAAUUAACCAAUUCCCCAACUCAAAGUACCAAUUCGAAGCGGGAAAGUCUACAGUCCUCUUUGCGCUCUCCAACACCCUCAAAGACGACUCUGCAGCUAUCCGAGCAGCCCCAAGACCACAUCAAGAUCGAGCCACCCCUGGACGGAUUCCCUGUUCUUCCCCGACAGCACCUCUCUUCGCCAACCCAGAAUCGUGUGCUCUCUCAGGGAUCCCCAAAGCCGAUCUUGAAGAAGAAAACAAUCGAUUACUACUCGUUCCCGAGCCAGUCCUCUUCGGUAUAUCCGCGCGGCCUCCGCCUCACAUUCUCAAGCUCUCAACCUUCCGCUUUGCCCCCCAAGCUCUACAACUCGUCGCAGUACGCCUUGGGAUCUACCCUGAUCAAGUCGGAGCCCAAAUCCAGCAUCGAAGGCAAUCUCUCCGUGGUUGCGAACUCGCAGGCCACCGCAACGAUGUCAGGCCGAGCGGCAGCCGCUUCUCGCACUGCGACUGAUAUCUAUAACCUUCCAGGAGAUGAGUCUGGGGUGAAAAAGUCGGGUGUCAAGGCUAGAGGACAUAGCACCUACGCAAAGAAGACUGCCCCUGUCAAAGAUGACUCUAGUUCGUCUGAGGAGGAGGAGUCUUCCAGCUCCGACGAGAGCGAGCCGGAGAGCAAGGUGACCUCGUCGGCUCUUCCUCCGUCCGCUCAGCCCGUAGCUGCGAAAAGCCAGAAAAAGACGGCUAGUUCCGAUUCUGAUUCUUCAGAAGACGAGGAAUCCAGCGAUUCAGACUCGGAGUCCGAGUCCGAGGUGGCGAAUACGGAGGCGUCCGAGAGUGAAGCCAGCUCUGAAGAGGAGUCGAGCGAUGAGGAUUCUGAACCCGAGACUAACGGUAAUACCCAAGCCGAUUCCGGUGCGCUUUCCACAUACACCACCAACGAGCCCGCGCCCACGGUGAUCGGCGGGGUAUUCAAGCUUCAGCAACCCAAGAGCCUCGGUCAAAUUGCCCGCGUCUUCGAAUCCGCCGAGAAGGAAGGCAAUAAGCUUUGGGUUCUUACCCAUUCGUCCUCGACCCCUCUUAAUCUCGAGAUUCAAAAGGUUGCCCCCUUGCGCGGACAGAAAGCUGAUGCAAUUGUGUCCUCCAACGCGAAAAUUACUGUGCCCCGUCUAAAGGAUGGGGACAGCUACCACUUGAUUUCGAGCUGCAAGAGCAUCAGCAUCAUCCAGACCACAAAUAGCGACGUAGAUGCGUCGUUUGAGACCCCUCCUGCGCCAGAGAGCGCCAAAUCCUUGAAGCCUGCGCCGACGCAGCCCACUGGUCUCAGGACCAGGUUUGUUCCUAUUGGUGUCGAGCCGCGCGUGUCUCAACAGCAGUCGUCCAAGGCGACGUCUGCGAUUGACAAGGCUUCCAAGAAGGAGAAGAAACAAAAGAAGGCGAAGCAGGACAAGGGCAUGACGGAUGUGACUGCGCCCGCCUCCUCCCCGUCUUCGCAGCUCGCCGAGCGUCCCAAGAAGAAGCGCAAGGUUGCCAGCCCUCCUCCUGCUGUUGAGGCACCUGCGUCCAGUCAGGUCAAGUCUGCCGACGAGGAGCUAGCGGAGUUGAAGGCCAGGAUCGCCAUGCUGGAGAAGGAAAAGAGCGGCCAACCAGCCGAAGAGGCCGCGGACUCGUCGAAGAAGAUCAAGAAGGACAAGAAAGAAAAGAAGGAGAAGAAGUCCAAGGCCAAGGCGAAAGCUGAAGAAUCCGAGGAACCUCCCAAGGAGACGCCCAAGUCCAAGAGCAAGGUGAAGUUUGCGCAAGAUGAGCCCGCUGCCACCAGCAGUCCCGCGCGUGGCUCCCAAACUCCCAUUCCGCCUCCCACCAUCCCUACCUCGAGCCAACCCGACUCGUCUCAGGCGAAGAAGACGAAGCGGCGCCGUUCGGCCGGCGAGGAGGCCACGGAAUCAAAGAAGAAACGGUCCAAGUCGGUGUCUGAGUCUCCUGCUCCUUCGAGCCGGGGCCAGAUCACUCCUGUUCAGCCUCCUCAACCUCAUGUCUGGCGUGUUACGCCCAUUCAGCCCCCGGCUAUUCCGGGCAUGCCGUAG